UCUUUUUCUUUUAUAAUGUUACAUCUAUACUACAAUUUCAGGGCUCAACCUCAACCUACAAGCUCUCACCUGCCUUUUCUUUCUUCCAAGACAUUUGAGCCCUUUUCUUUCUUUAUCAAAUUAGCACAAUAAAGCUUCCCAAGACCAUUGUUUUUAUAGUUUUUAGCAAUGGCUUCUCCACCAGACACAAGCAAGACCAUAAAGCUUGAGAGGUAUAACAGCUACCUUCGCAGGAUUCACAGUACUAAAGUACUCAAUGCCUCCUCUAAGCUUCUCUUCCGCGCCACUCUCCUUAUUGCUCUUGUUCUUAUUCUUUUCUUCACCAUUAAUUACCCUCCUCUUUCUGAUCAUCCUCAACAUCUCCACCAUCCCCACCACCACAGCUUCCUCUCCACCUCUUUCUUUGCCUCUUCCUCUGCUGUCGGUGGCGCCGCCUGGGAAAAAAAGAUCCGUCACUCCUCUACCCCUCGAAGGCCCAAUGGUUUCUCUGUCUUGGUCACUGGUGCUGCUGGGUUUGUUGGAUCACACUGCUGUCUUGCCUUGAAAAAGAGAGGAGACGGGGUUCUUGGGUUGGAUAAUUUCAACAGCUAUUACGACCCAUCAUUGAAAAGGGACAGACAGAAACUUCUGCUCAAACACCAAGUGUUUAUCGUUGAAGGAGACCUCAAUGAUGCACCAUUGUUAGCCAAGCUCUUUGACGUUGUGCCCUUCACUCAUAUCCUGCAUCUGGCAGCUCAGGCUGGGGUUCGCUAUGCCAUGCAAAACCCACAAUCCUACGUUAGCUCAAACAUUGCAGGUUUCGUCAAUCUUCUCGAGGUUGCCAAAGCAGCAAAUCCACAACCAGCCAUCGUCUGGGCUUCUUCUAGCUCCGUUUAUGGUCUUAACACCCAAGUCCCCUUCUCUGAAACGCACAGGACAGAUCAACCUGCCAGUCUUUAUGCAGCUACAAAGAAAGCAGGAGAAGAAAUUGCCCAUACUUACAACCAUAUCUACGGGCUUUCCCUUACAGGGCUAAGAUUUUUUACAGUUUAUGGUCCCUGGGGAAGACCUGACAUGGCUUACUUCUUCUUUACAAAGGAUAUUUUACAAGGCAAACCCAUAGAUAUAUACCAGACACAGGAUGAGAAACAGGUGGCUCGUGACUUCACAUAUAUUGACGAUGUGGUGAAAGGGUGUGUAGGGGCCUUGGACACGGCGAGGAAGAGCACAGGAAGCGGUGGAAAAAAGAAAGGGCCAGCACAGCUAAGAGUAUACAAUCUUGGAAACACAUCCCCUGUUCCUGUAGGGAAAUUGGUUUCGAUAUUGGAAUCCUUACUGAACACAAAAGCCAAGAAGCAUGUGAUUAAGAUGCCAAGAAAUGGGGACGUGCCCUAUACACAUGCCAAUGUAAGCUUGGCUUACAGAGACUUUGGGUACAAGCCAACCACAGAUUUGAGCUCAGGAUUGAGGAAAUUUGUCAAGUGGUAUGUAAGUUAUUAUGGGAUUCAUACAAGGGUAAAAAAGGAUAGUGAAAUCAGAAGUGAGCAUCCCGAGGAUUGAACUUGGGACAAUUCAUCAUAUCAUCAUCUUUAUCACCGCAUGGUUGAUGAUCCUUUUAAAUUAUUUUCUUUUUCUUUUUUAGAUUAAUUUAUAAAUUCUGCUCUCUGUUUUUUUUUUUCCUCCUGAAGUGAAAAAGUUGGAGCUGUUGUUGUUGAUGGUGUAGCAUAUAGAGAUUACAGAUGGAUUUCAUAGAAAGAGAAGAUAAAUGUGAAUCAAGAAAUUAAAGAAAAAAGAAGGAAGAAGGACAAGUUGUGUAGAUGUGUGAGGUUGGGGUGAAAUAAUAAUUUUGGUGGGCUCCUGCUUAAAAGCUUGCAGAUCUCGGCCAUUAGAUUCAUAUUUAAAAGAAAAAAAAUUGUGUAAUGAACAGUGACUUCAAAAUUCUUCUUUC